AGAUUUUUAUAUACACAAAAGAGGAGGUCCAGAAGAUGGAUUCAAGUACCUUGAACCCAAAAAAUGAAGAUUGUCCUGAUAUGAAAGAGAAUGUCAAGGAAACAAAAGGCAGUCAAUCUGCAUCAUCAUCUAAUUCAAAAAACUCAUAGGCUUAUCCUGCAAUGUCUAGUGAAAAUACUGAAGAAGUAUGACAAGAGAACAGGAGCACUUAUCAGGCAUCCCUUCAUCGAAAAGGUGCUGCAGCAGCCAUUCUUUACAAUUGAUCUCCUAUACAAACUCGUGAAGGAGUGUGUGGCUAUGCUCGACCACCUCUUCCCCAGCAACAACCUGUCAAUUUCAACAGAAUGCGACGGACAAAAUGGAGUGCCAAAGCCGGCACAAUCAAGUGGGAGGGUUCCGGAGUUGGAGGAGAUUAAAUAUAUGCAGAGCUUAUACAUGAAGAGCACCGUAGCAGCGCUCCGGUCCUUGAAACAUAUUAGGAGCAAAAGUUCAACAGUCAAAACAGAUUAGAAAAUCUCGUGUUAUAUUGUUCUACCUUUGUUUUAAUAGUGUUAUCAUUUUGUUGGUUGCUUAUGAAAUUUUGUUGGUUGCUUAU